AUGCUUAGUUUCUUUACUCCAAGUCCUGACCGCAUUGAGUGGAGAGUGCAGAUCGUUGGCGAUUUCGCUCGCCGGCGGGAAGUAUACGGGGAUGGCGCGCUCGGCGGAGGCACGCGGGAGGCGCGCUCUCGAAAUAACCCGUCGUAUUUCGGUCGCACGCCCCCCGCCGCAUCGAGGCGCGCGCGCAACCGGCGCACCGCCGCCUCGCCACUAUCCGCUAACUAUUCGCAAUCGACCGACGUCUUGGUUGUUGGAUUUGGGCUA